CAUACCUGAGUUUCAACUUCCUAAAUGCAAAUACUUAAAUUCCAAGAAGAGGAAGAUGGCCCUUAACUUGAAGAUAAUAAUCUCUACAGCUUCUGGGCUUUUUGGAGUAACUUUGAUUUUGUUGCUUCUAUUUCUUUAUUCUUUACUAAAGAAAAGGAAUGUAAGUACCUCAAGUGAUUCAAAUUUGAAUGUAUCUUACCAAAGUCUCCUAAAUGCAACCAAUGGAUUCUCUUCUACUAAUUUAAUUGGUGUGGGUAGCUUUGGGUCCGUUUAUAAAGGAAUUCUUGAUCAAGGUAGACAUACGGUUGCCAUCAAGGUGCUUAACCUUUUGCAUCAUGGAGCUUCCAAAAGUUUCGUGGCCGAGUGUGAGACUCUAAGAAACAUCAAACAUCGAAAUCUUGUAAAGGUGCUCACAAUAUGUUCUAGUAUUGACUAUCAAGGUCGUGAUUUUAAAGCUUUGGUAUAUGAGUUCUUAGGAAAUGGCAACCUAGAUGAGUGGUUACAUCCAACUCCAAGAACAAAUGAGGCUGUUAAGGAACCAAGGAAGUUGAGUCUUAUCCAAAGACUGAAUAUCACCAUUGAUGUUGCUAGUGCAUUGGAUUAUCUUCAUCAUCAUUGCCAGAUGCCAAUUGUUCAUUGUGACCUCAAGCCAAGCAAUAUUCUUCUCGAUGAUGAAAUGGUUGGACAUGUAGGCGACUUUGGCUUGGCAAAAUUCCUUCAUGAUGCUACCCAGGAUUGUUCUACUAAUCAAUCAAGCUCCAUUGGGGUUAGAGGAACAGUUGGUUAUACUCCUCCAGAGUAUGGUAUGGGAAAUGAAGUGUCAUUAUAUGGUGACAUCUAUAGUUAUGGCAUACUAUUGUCAGAGAUGUUUACAGGAAAGAGACCUACUGAUAGCAUUUUUCAAGAUAAUUUAAACCUUCAUGACUUUGUCAAAGCAGCUUUGCCAGAACGAAAAAUUGACAUUAUAGAUCCUAAUCUUCUUUGGGAAAGGCAAGAGGAAGAGACGAGGAGGAUAAACAACACACAAAAUGAGGAUCAAAAUGGAAGUUCCAAAAUUCAAGAAUGCUUGAUUUUGAUACUUGGAAUUGGAGUUGCUUGUUCCACAGAAUUUCCAAGAGAAAGGAUGAACAUCAGUACUGUUGUAGUCAAGCUUCAUAAAAUUCGAGAAAGCAUUCUUAAAACAAGUAUACGAAGACAACGAGUUCGUGCUACAGGAUCUCCACAUCAUAACCGGCUCAACGAGAACGCUGCUACUCCGACGACAACCACCAAUGAUCUCAUGAACAUCGGGCUCGUCAUUGAUUUCGUUCUUCUUGAUGAUCCAUCUCCAAUGUCGUUGCCGGAGCUGGCUAAUCUUUCCGAUAAUGGGAAGAAUCAUCUUCAUUGA